AUUUUGGCGGGCGAGAGUCCACUCAACACUGUUUUUCACUCUCUAGGGUUUUUGCGUUCACUGAGUAAAACAUGGCCUCAUCAGCUCGGAUUUUCGGCAAGGGCUGCCGGAUUCUGAUGGCCGCCGCGAAGAGCUCCGCAGCCUCGAGCUCAGCAGCUACGACUGCCCCGAAAGGCAGAGGCCGUCCGAAUGGAAUUCUGAAGCCGAUCAAGGUCUCCCCGGCUCUCGAGAAGUUCUUAGGUGCCCCUGAGGCCUCUCGCACUGACGCCGUCAAGAAAGUCUGGGAAUACAUCAAAGCCCAUAAUCUUCAGAAUCCCGCAAACAAGAAAGAGAUAAAUUGCGACGAGAAGUUGAAGACUAUAUUCAGUGGCAAGGACAAAGUCGGGUUUCUCGAGAUUGCUAAGCUGCUAACCCAGCAUUUUCCCAAGGCCACUUAAACUCGCCAUGUACAUGUGCUGAAGAGUAGGGGUCCUAGGGUACAAGGGAGCCUAUUAGUUUUGGAUGAUCACUUGUAACCCUUGAAGUGGGCUAUUACCUUUGUUCUGGAUUUGCUCCGCGUUUUUUGUUAACAGCAUAGGACUCUCUGAUUGUGAGCGUUGAAUCGCCAUGGAUGCUUGAUUAUGUGCCCAUCUUAAUGACAACGCAAUUUCAAGUAGCACAUUUCUUGCUAUUUGAAUUGUGUUGGUUGAUUUGGAUUGAACUUUGCAUUGUUCUUGCUUGUGGAAUCAUGAAGCUCAAGGCUGAUAGCCACCCUUCCUGCACCAAAAGAUGAAAUCUGGUUCAUUGCCCUCAGUUUCUUACUCUUUCGGAAAUAGGUGUUCAGUUAAACUUGUAGGCAAAUGUGUCAUGUAGAUUUUUUAAUAUAAAUAUAUAGCGAAUAUUUUUAAGUU